CACCCGUGCCGUGCAGGAAUAAACAUGGCGUCUAGAAGAACUGUGAACUGUGUUUAGUUCCUGAUUAGGCGAGUGUUUUUCCAUCUUAACGAUCGUCAAAUUACCGCCAGGAUCUGCUAUUACACCUAAAUGUUUCCGAGGAUGUUACCCGAUUAUGGUUGACGCUGCACCGGAAAUUCCACAACAACGAAAAUGUUGAAGAGAAAUCGAAAGCGAAAGUUGGAGAAGGAGGAGCAGACGAUGGUCGAUUGGGAGCAGGAGAAUUUUUUUCCAGAUGUAAUAAGAAAUGAAAUGGAAUCCAUGUGGGAGAUCCCACAGAUAUUUCAUUUUCUUCACUUAGCAAGGGAAGCAUUGAACAUACCUCAUUUAUCUAUGUACGAGAUGGAACGUAUGUUAUUAAUACCAAGGGCUUCAAAACAGUUGGCAAACAUCAUGACUUCCUUGUUGAGCUCCCCUGUCACUAAAGCAAAAUUGAGAAAAAUUCCACCCAUGCCGUAUGAGUUCUGGACAAACAUCUUGGCUUACAAGAUGAAAACUUGGUUCAAGGUUUAUGAGGGAAAACGCAGAGAUGCUGUGAAGGUUCUAGAAACUAUUGGUGUUGAACCAGAAUUCUGGAAUGUUUUCCCAGAUGCUCCUCUGUUAAAUGGCAAAGACUUUGAGGAACUGAGUUUCAGACAGAAAGUUUGGCUUCUAAAAACAGUCUGUGAUACAGUCAUGCAUGCUCGAAAAACUGUACAAGAAGAAGUAGCUAAGCAACCAUGGGAGGACCAGUUUGAGACACUUCUGGGCACCGACCGUUAUGGAACAAGAUAUAUUUAUUUUCCACAAUUUCUUAAGACCGAUCUGAGAGUUUACAGGCAUUGUUUGGACAAUAAAAUUCUAUCCACAGUCAAACCUAUCAAGACAGAAGGAAAAUUAUGUUCGGAUAACAAACUAGCAAACCAGGACGUAAUGUGGAAUAAAGCCAAACAGAGAAAACGAAAGGCACGGUGGAGCAAUGGUUUACCUCCAAAGUCUAAGAAGAAGGUAAACAAAAGCAGCAGGAAGGAUCUGAAUAACUGCAAGUGUAUUAGUGAUAGUGCGAGGGACUCCUUGAUAAAUGAAGAUACAAAUCUGAGUAGUACAAGCACCUGUAGUAAUAAUAACAAUAGUAAUCGUAAUAACAAUAACAUUAAUUUAGACACAAUAAACGGGAAAAGGUCGAGAAGUUUAUCAAAGUGCUCGGAAAUGAGCGCGGAAUCCAAUAAAUUACAGUGUAAAAAUUUCAAGUCGACGAGCGGUUAUGAUACAAGUAGUUCCAUGGGAACAGUCUCCGACAGAAGGUCGUCUCAGAAAAUGUUCAAAGGUUUCUCGAGCGGUAGCAAAGAUAAAUGUAAUAUAGACAUUAUUAGUAAUAUAUUGAGUGACCUAAAGGCGGACAAAAUCGUAGAAAAUAAAAUCGACGAAUCAGUAUCUUCUGGAGGUGAGUUAGGAAUAGACUCGUCGCAACAAUAUUUAGAACCUGUUCACCAGUGUAUAGAUAAACGCGAGUCCCUAAAUAAUUCAUCGAAAACGGACGAUGAGAAAUUACAUGAAAUUAUCAGUGCGAAGUGUCUAAAUAUAGGCAAUCAAAAUUCUAGCGAUUUUCAAAUAACAACCACGUCGAAAUCCGACGAUGAAAAAUUAAACGAAACUAAGAGCAUCACAGAAAGGACUAACGAAUGUCUUGCGGUGGAAGGUACUAAGGAUGAAGUUAUCAAACAAAACGGGCACCAAGAAAGUCAUGAAUCAAAUAACUUGGUUGACGCGGUAAAGACUAUAAGUAGCAUAAAUGACGAUGAAGUAGACUCGAACGACGAUAAGGAUCUUUCUUUGAGCGAGCUGAGAACUAGAUUGCAGAAAGAAGCGAUGGAAGAAGACUUCUCCAUGGACGAAGAAAGCGAGAAAGGGUACAAUCUUAGGGACACGAAGAAUGUAAACACAGUCGUUUGGAAACAGAAAGUGCAAAAUUUCAACGAGAUGCUAUCCGAUCUCAGCGUUUCCAAUUUUCAACUUAUAGCCGACAGCGUUAGCUCCUUCAGGGAUCUUAUAUCCACCAUGUCACAAAAGUGUGGUGAUUUAAAUACUGACUCUAAAGGCGAUAACGAAUCCACGCAUCCCUGUGAAUUGAAACUGCUCGGGAAAAUGACCGAAUUGCUGACCUCUUUGGAAGGAAUGGAAUCUGUCUUACAUGACUCAACAAAGAAGGCUAGAGGAAAACUGCAGAAAGAAUGGACGAACUUCAAAGAAGGCAGUGUGGAGGAUCAGGACUCAUCUGGGGAGGGUCUCGGCUCUAAUUGGUGGGUUCUUGGAUCGCAGGGCUGUCCACUGCCAACACCCGGAGACGCAACGAUACAAACGUUACCGAAGCCUACCUUAUCCCCAGCUGGCCCCCAAAAGGCCGCCAGCAAGGAUUACCACGAAGAGAGCGUCAAUACCGCAGAACCGUCCAAAAUCGAACACGAAGAAUGCAAAAAGCGUCAGGGUUCAGACCCUGAUGGCGAAUCACACAGCUACAACUCCGAGAAAAACGAAGAGCAGGGAAACCAAGCAACCGGAGACGAAAAAGAAGAAAUCAGCGAGGAAGAAGAACAACAAAGUCGAAGAGUCCUUCGAGCUCGCGGCAUCUCGUCAUACACAGAACAAUUUUACUCAGACGAUGAGAUCGAGGAGAAAGAGUUGGAAGAAUGGACCGAUGUUGAGGCAGUGUACGCGGCUCCCAGCGCACAGAUCGGUGCAUCCAUUACACACUUUGCUGCGAAGAUCAAGCAAUCUGACGACCGUACCAACGAAGAGGACUCAGACCAAGAUUGGAUUCUACCGAGCUCUCGCAAAAGGAAAAAUAAACGUCCGUCUGCCAAUAGAAGACUGAAAUCGUUCCAGCAAAAGUUACAAAGCAUCAAGGUCGGCGAGCUGCAAGAAGCAGCUGAAUCUGUGAUGGCUGCUCCUUCAAUAGACAAAGAGGAAGAGAAAGUUGAAAAUAAAGAAAUCCCGGACAGUCAACCAAAGAAUCUAGAAGAACCACCGACAUGUCCUCAUCCGGUGAACAAUACCACAGAAAGUUCCGAGAAUACGACAGAGCAUGAUCCUAAAAAAACAGUGCCUUCCGCGGAGCCAGCUUGCAAAAUCGAAAACAUUGAAAGCGUGCAUUCAGAGUUGGACAUCAAAGACGAGGGCCCGAUCUACGACUAUCCACCGCAACACCCUAGCAAUAGCUAUCCCCCAAGCAUCAAUCCGAACUAUGUGAUGGUCAAGACAGAAUCCAACACGAUGAACUACUAUGUAAUGCAGUCAAACAUGGUACCACAGCAGACUCUAAUACACCCUGGUGGUUCCUUAGUGUCGAAUGUCGUACCAUCCAUGCCGCCAGGAUAUUAUAUGCAAGAUGGUCAUAAUUACAUCAUUCAAAACCCACAACCCGGUUACGUUCCGGCUCAAGCAUUUCAGCCCCAAGGACCUCAAAUGUUAGCGCCUCAACAGUUCGUAAGUCAGCCCGGCUACUUGCCAUACAUGAUGGCAGCGGCACAGCCACAGCGUGGUUACAUGCCCAGCAGUCCACAGUUUAUAAAUCACGGAAUACCUCAGAACCCUUCGAAUAUGAUGCCUUCUAAUCAACCCACGCCGAAUAAACCUCUCCAGAUUAGGUAUCCACCAUUGAGGCAAGCACAUCCGCACCCUAAUGGCGCGGUAAUUAGAAGCAGCAUGCCAAUCAGAGGAAACUCUCCGCGAGCCGGUUACCCUAGAGCGAAAAUGAUGCAACAGCAACGCGGGAUGCCAGUGAAGACUCAGAAGUUAAAAAAGCAGAACGUUGUCGCGGAAAACCCCGCCCAAAAGACUACGUCCUUGAUCGUUCUUAGCGACAGUGACGAUGAGAUUGAAAUGAUUAUCACCGAAAAGACGGGUUCUGAAGCGGAUACGACCAGGAUGAAGGCAGUACCUCGCAGAAACCAAGUGCAGAAGAACCCAACCGUUACCUCAGACAUGUCUGUCUCCAAGCCAAAGAGUGCCAUUCCUCCGCAAAUAAUGCAACGCAUGAGUCAAGGGGGCAUCUCGAUUACGCCUGUAAAACCCGCGCAGCCAGUUCAGAACGCAAGCACACAGUUAGUGGUGGUUGUGAACGAAACUGGAAGCCAUUAUGCCUUAGCACUGCCUAACGGAAGCAAACUCAUUCUCACCCCUGAACAAGUGGCGCAAAUCAGAGCUUCGAACGGCGGAAAAUUGAUUUUGUAAUCGAAAUGAUCCAGAAUUCAGCGGAAUAAACGAACUUUCCUAAUCGGUCAAACCAGUGCGCAAUUAUAAAUCGAGUGGACAAAGAUGAUAUACGCUGGUGAUCUCUUUCUUACUUAGGGUAUAUACCUUCGAAGCGGAUGUUCCUACUAUUUUUUAGUAGUGUAAUAACUAUGAUAUGGGUAUUGGAAUAUUUUUUCCUACUGCACUGUCGAAUAAGUCAUUGUUUCAACUUAUAAACAUUAUUGAAAGUUUUUUACAUUUCCAAGAAAUCUUUAUUUUAUUUAAUUAUAUCUGAUGAUGUUUUCUUUGGAACUAGAGAAAGAUUGCAAAAUGUUUAGAGUGAUACUCUGAGACCUGUGAUGCCUAUAUCAAUUUUUAUAUAUUUUUGUUAUAUCGAAUCGAAGCAAUAUUGGUAUGCUAAGCUGUACGAAUGCGAUGAAGAUUCCAGCGGACCAUCGGUUUCGUUCAGUGUAAGAGAAAAUGUAGUACUCUUGUAAUUUGUGAAUAUUAUUUUAUAAGAUAGAGAUUAUCUUGCUUCGCAAAAUACAUAUAAGACGAUAUAAUAAGAACACACAACGAUUUGUGUAUUAGUUUAAUUGUAAAGUUAAAUUUUUAUUACAAAAAUUAGAUAACAUGAGUUUACAUUGAUUGUAACAAUGACUUCCAAUGUACUAUUUACACAGUGCAUCACAUUAAAGUUAAAUUCUGUGCUGUCCAGCUUCGAAUGCGGUCGUGAAACAUUAAUAUUAAAUUAGCACGUAUUUCUUAGACCAGUAAUAGUUAUGUAAAUAAGUUAUGCGGGUAGGGUAACGCGUAAAAUUAUGCUUGUGAUCUACGAACCUGAAAAACAUUACAAAGUUUAAUGUUAAACGAUCAUCAAAAUGCACUAUACAUUUUACUACUUGAACAUUUUGUAACAUGGCUCAUUAAAAGAUGUAAAAUACGUGGAACAAGAAAUGAUGCGCAUACAAACCUCUUUACACAGUGGUAAAAAUAACUUUUAAGAGUACGAAACACUUCUACUAUACUCUGAACUUAACUUAAUCCACGCUUUUUUUACUUACACAGUUAAAAAUAGCGAUAUAAAUGUAAAUGUUAUUUUCAUUACAUGGCAGAAUUAAAUAACUAAUCAUUGAAAUUACUAAAAGGGAAAAACUAAUAAGGAAAAUUUAUCCAUGUACUAUCUGUUGCAUAAAUUGUUCAUGUUAUUUUUUGUAUAAUUUAUAUACUUUCUCAUAUUAUUAGCGAG